AUGACGGAGCAACAGCGGCCGCUAUUCGACAAGAGGAACUCUUCGACCUCGUCCGUCCUCAGCGGGGGUAAUGGAAAUGACAAUUCCAAUACCACCACCGACCGAGACACGUCCUCAAACGACGAGCAGGCCCAGGCCACCCACCAGCCCUCUCGGCAGCACCACCCCAAGAAGCACCAAUUCGUCGUCGGCGGCGCACACUCUCGCCAUCACACCCGCGUCCCGUCCUACGGCGCGUGGGGAGGAGAAGGGCAGGUCCUCGGCGAAGCGGGCGACGUUCGAGCUCGGCGGAGACAACCGCCAGAACAGCAACGGAAACAGCAGACCAAGCAGCUACAAGGAAGAAGGAGGUACACAAACGGAAACGCAACGAACACGAGCAACGGGACGCCGCCGCCGCUCACCACUGUUGCUACCAACAAGGGUACAAACGGCUUGGUCAAGUCAUCAAGCACAAAGUCUCUUGACCGUAAACCAAGAGACGGCGCACGAAGACUAAAACGAGAAGAGAAGCGCGAGAGAUCACAAUCCAAAUCCCGCGACACUGUACCCCCUCCUCCUGCUCCUGCCCCUGCCCCUGCUGCAAGCCGUCACCACUCUGCCGAAGAAGUGUUUGUCGAGAUGAAUAACAAACGCCAGACCGAAGCGCAGCCACAGACACAGACACAAUUUCAGCUCCCUACCCCACCGCAGGCAAAGGUUCAACCACCACCCCGCCGCAACACCAGAAUCAGCACUUUCAAUCUCAGCAUCCAUCGCAUGCCCCAAC